AUGCCACCAAUCCAAUCUCAGCCUCAACCAUCUCACCAGUACAACCCUGAUAUGUCUUUUGAUCCUACCCCUGCCACCUAUAUCCCGGACAACUCAUUCGACCCUACCCCCUCCAACUACACCUCCAACCACCCACUAUUUAACUACCACACACCACAACAACCAACACACCUAGACCAACCCAACUCCAUGUACACUUUCGGACAACCAUAUCGUCCAUACUCCACCCACCCUCCCCGACAAUCGUACCAAAACAUGGGCAUUGCCCUUGACUACGGAAGUGCAUGUGACAUGGGACCUCCCGGCUAUUGGGGUCAAAUGAUGCAAGAUCUAGCUGAUACGUCGGGGCCGUCCCAACAGAACCCUCCACCACAACUCAACACACAACAUCCUGACACACCACAACAACAUCGUCGAAGACCUCGUCGCAACACGCGUCUCCCCCAAUGUGGCACCGGUGGUCACUUGGAUAGAGCCGAUCAUUAG